CUGGCUCCUGCGAGUCAAGAAUUUCAUUGAAGGGGUAUUUCUGAAAGUGAUUUGCCAACAAGGGGCGUUUAUAAUCAGAGGGAACUAAAAACAUAACGCCAUGUAGCCAUCGCCAUAGCCGUUUAAACACAGAAGCUCCACAAAUGACAGGAACUCAUCCCCUCUCUAUCUCUUCUGUCUUGUUUUCUCUCUCUCUUCUUUGUCCAAAACUCCUUAAAAAGCCCACAUUGUUAAAACCCAUCUUCUCUCUUGUUUUCUGUGUUUCCUUUCUCUCUCCUGCCCCCUGCAAAUAGUUUCUUUCUUCCCUGCAAUUGUCUCUGAGAAAGAAAGCAAAAAAGAAGAGAGAGGAGAGAGAAAAUGAUAAUGCCACUCAGCUCUUAGAGAGAGAGAGGAGGGGGGAAAGUAUCUCACAGUUUUAUACCAUGUAUUUACCUCCCAACCUGCCAUGAAAGAACUUGUUCCAACCAAACUGUUUCUCUCUCUAACCUUCCUCCUCCUCCAUCAAACAUUUGCAGAGAACCAGAAAACUGAAGACAACAUAAGCUUUGGUUUCGCUUCUUUUUCUCCCAGAAACAUCACAUUACUGGGGGAUUCAUACCUUCAUAAUGGAACGAUUGGCCUUACCAGAGAGCUCGGCGUUCCUAGCUCAAGCACAGGUAAGGCUCUAUACAAUUUGCCUGUAAAAUUCUUUGACCCAAGAACCAAUAUAUCAGCUGCCUUCUCGACUCGAUUUUCUUUCUCUAUCUCCAGUGUAGACCAGGGAUCUUAUGGAGAUGGGUUAGCCUUUUUCAUCUCUUCCAGUAACUAUACAUUGAGUAGCUCAGGUGGGUUAUUGGGUCUUUUCAAUUCCUUUGAUUCAAGCUUCAAGAACAAAUUUAUAGCCAUUGAAUUCUAUACAUCUUCUGAUGCUCGGUUCAAUUAUUCGAGCGUUAACCAUGUUGGUCUUGAUGUGAAUUCUCUUCCCUUUAAUAAAACACUGAAUCUUGAUGAUGUUGGGAUUGAUUUGGAGAGUGGAAAUUUGAUAACAGCUUGGGUGGAAUAUAGCAAUGAGAAGAAAAGGGUUCUUUUAUGGUUGAGUUAUUCGAGUUUUAAGCCGACGAAGCCCCAUUUCACUCUGAGAACUGAUCUCUCGAUGCAUUUUGAGGAGUAUAUGUAUGUGGGUUUUUCGGCUUCAAGAGAGGGGAACACUGAGCUCCAUAAAAUUGAGGAUUGGAGUUUCAGAACUUCUGGGUUUCAGCCGAAGCCUGAUCCUAGUUCAAAUAAUAUUUCUUCAAAUUCUUGGAUCAAGCCUCUCAUGGUUCCCCCAAAUUCAAAAUGCCAUAAACAUCCACGUCUGAGUAGAAAGCUGAAAUUGGGUCUAGAGAUCACUGGCUCUCUGGUUUUUUGUCUUUUUUUUGGGAUACUAGUCUGGUUCUUGAUCAAGAAAUGGUGCGGAUUCAUGCUCGAGAACACAUUCAGACCAGAGUUUCUAAAAGGCCCUCGGAAAUUUAAAUAUAGAGAGCUGAAAUUUGGGACUAAGGGUUUCCAUUCGAGUCGAAUAUUAGGGAAGGGAUCCUUUGGAACAGUUUAUAAAGGAAUUCUCAAAUACUCUGGAACCAUUGUUGCAGUUAAGAGAUCAAAAAAGCAGAACCAUGAGGGCAAAUCGGAAUUCAUAGCCGAAUUAACAAUCAUAGCUGGUUUAAGGCACCGAAACCUUGUUCAACUCCAGGGCUGGUGUAGUGGGAAUGGAGAGCUCCUUCUGGUUUAUGAAUUCAUGCCUAAUGGGAGCUUAGAUACAGCCCUCUAUGGAGAGAGGAAACACGGUAACCCACUCCCUUGGCCAAAUCGAUACAAAAUAGCGAUUGGGUUAGCCUCAGUUUUGGCAUAUCUCCAUGAAGAAUGCGAGCAACAAGUGAUCCAUAGAGAUAUCAAAACCAGCAAUGUUAUGCUUGAUGCAGAUUUCAAUGCUAGGUUGGGUGAUUUUGGGCUGGCAAAGCUCGCAGAGCAUGAUAUGACCCCUGAUAACAGUCUAACAGCUGGAACUAUGGGCUAUCUAGCCCCUGAAUAUAUUCAAUAUGGGAAAGCCACUGAGAAAACUGACAUAUAUAGCUUUGGGGUGGUACUUUUAGAAUUGUGCUGUGGAAGAAGGGCCAUAGAAAAGGAUAUUCAGAACAACAUGGUGAAUUUGGUGGACUGGGUCUGGAGUUUACAUGGAGAAAAUAGGCUUUUUGAUGCUGCUGAUGUGAGUUUGAGGGAGAAUUAUGAUAGAGAAGAGAUGAGGAGAUUGCUUCUUGUUGGGUUGAGUUGUGCUCACCCUGAUUUUGAAGAGAGGCCAACUACGAGGAAGGUUUUGCAUAUUCUUAACAGGGAGGGAGAGGUUACCGAGGUGCCGGCUGUUAAGCCAAGCAUCAAAUUCUCAAGGGAGUUAUCUCUAACUAUAGAUCAGAUAUUUUUGGAGGCGGAAACAAUUGGGAAUUCAAAGGAAUUUUACGAGUUGAAGAUUGACCAAUUGAACUAGUUGACCUGUGCUCUGUGGUUGAGUGAACCAAUUCAUCAGAGUCAUCUGAUAUCAGUUGCCACGAUUCGUCUUGUAUUGGAUAAAUCAUAGUACUUUUCAGUUCCUGCAAAUAUGUAACUCAGAACUCCCUGUCCCCCUCUCCCCCCUCCUCUCUCCCUCUCUCUCUCUCUAUAGCUUGUAUCUGUAAUAGAUGUACUUUAUUUUCUCUGUUGUCAGUUAACAGGCAAAGUUGUACGCAAAGGGGAGCGCAUUUGCAUUUUUCACGAAGAUUGUUUUCUCUGGUUUCAUAUUAAAUGUAUAUCAAAUUCAUUGGAGACUCCAUUUCUUCGGAUCUGUAACUUUGUAUAUUGAUAUCAAUCUUUUGAGCUAAGUAACUUGUGGCUGCCUCCAGUUUUAAUGACAAAAUUGUAAGC